CGGAGCAUCAUUGCAGUCAUCACUAGGGUUCCCUGGAUGUGUUGGAGAUGGUCAUGUGUUGGACUGUUCCCGACUUGUUGGCUCGACGAAAGGGGUUCACAUUCGGCAAAACUAUAAAAUACCACUAAAUGAGGAUGGGUAGGCAGGUGGUUCGAAAGCAGAACCAUGUCAACUCAAACGAGGAAGCAAUAUAAAUACUCUUACGGUAGAGCCCAUAUCUUGUUGUUGUUGUUAUUGUUGUUGUUGUCGUCUUCUCGACAUUGCAGAUUCGCAUUCGAGACCCUUUCGAGACCGGAAGAGCACCGAAGCCACACCUCUCUUACGCGAAGCACCCGCCCCUCCUACUCCAACAAGAUGCGCCUCAUCUCCUCCCUCGCCCUCGUCGUCUACGCCACGGGCGUCUAUGCCUCUGUCAUGGACAACCGCCUGGCCCAACGCGACCCGAAGAAGCAUGACAAGGAACUAGGUGAUGGUGGUGAUGAUGGUAGUAAUGGCAACAACAAUGGCAACGGCAAUACUCCUUCAACUCCACCAGAAUGCACAUGCGAUAACGACACCUGUAUCGUUGGCACCAUCAACCUCGGGGGCUACGUUAUUGUCAAUUAUAGUUGCAAGAAUAAGUUUGGAACCACUGGUUGCCUGGACACGAAUCUCUGCGAUUGCUGCCAAUGGGACAAGUUCGAGGAUACAUGCAAGACUAUGUACGCUAAAAACGGCACCGCCCUUUGUACCUAUGUACCUUAGGUGAAGCAGGGCCCACGAAGUCUUCAGAAAGGUAGACCGACAAAGUUGCUCAGAACCUCCUGCAGCAGUGGUAUGCAGCAGUGGUAUACAAAUUUCACUCUCUGGGACCAACGCUGUCUUCGGCCAAGUCGCCUCUUGCAGAUACAAUCUAUCAUCGC